UGGAGACACUGGGGGCGGAGCCUCGGGAGGAAGCUGCUCCGACCAGGAAGAGGACGCGGCCGGGCUAUGGAGCCGGUGGAGGCGUGGGUGCACGGCGGCUCUCCGGGUGCGCCCCGAGGCUUCCCAUGCUAUCAUGAUCAACUGGAGCCAGAAGAAAGUGCUUCAUCCAGAGUCAUAGUACACAUGGAUCUGGAUUGCUUUUAUGCACAAGUGGAAAUGAUCUUGAAUCCAGAAUUAAAGGGCAAACCUUUAGGGGUUCAGCAGAAAAAUUUGAUGGUUACCUGCAACUAUGAAGCUAGGAAACUUGGAGUUAAGAAAGUUAUGAAUAUUAGAGAUGCAAAAGACAAAUUUCCACAACUGGUAUUAGUUAAUGGAGAAGACUUAACCCGGUACAGAGAGAUGUCAUAUAAGGUUACAGAGUUGUUGGAAGAAUUUAGUCCAGUUGUUGAAAGACUUGGAUUUGAUGAAAAUUUUGUGGAUCUAACAGAAGUGGUUGAAAGGACGCUUCAAAAUGAUGAGCUUUCAACAGUGACUGUGUCAGGUCAUGUGUACAAUAACCAGUCUCCAAAUCUGCAUUAUAUAUCACAUACCAGACUACUUGUAGGAUCUCAGAUUGCAGCAGAGAUGCGGGAAGCCAUGUUUAAACAGCUGGGCCUCACUGGCUGUGCUGGAAUAGCUUCUAAUAAGUUAUUGGCAAAAUUAGUUUCUGGUGUCUUUAAACCAAAUCAGCAAACAGUCUUGUUGCCUGAAAGUUCUCAAGAUCUCAUUCAGAGUUUGAAUCACAUAAAGGAAAUACCUGGUAUUGGAUAUAAAACUACCAAACGUCUUGAAGCCCUGGGUAUCAGUAGUGUGCACGAUCUUCAAACCAUUUCAUCCAAAAUUCUAGAAAGGGAGUUAGGAAUUGCUGUUGCUCAGCGUAUCCAAAAGCUCAGCUUUGGAGAGGAUGACUCUCCAGUCACACCCUCAGGACCUCCUCAGUCCUUUAGUGAAGAAGAUUCAUUUAAAAAAUGCUCAUCAGAAGUUGAAGCUAAAAAUAAGAUUGAAGAACUACUUAAUAGUCUUUUGAACAGAGUUUGCCAGGAUGGAAGGAGGCCACAUACAGUAAGGUUAAUAAUCCGUCGUCAUUCAUCUGAAUACUAUAGCCGUGAGAGUCGUCAGUGCCCCAUACCAUCCCAUAUAAUUCAGAAAUUAGGGACAGGAAAUUAUGAUGUGAUGACUCCAAUGGUUGAUAUAGUCAUGAAACUUUUUCGAAACAUGGUGAACGUGAAGAUGCCAUUUCAUCUUACCCUUUUAAGUGUAUGUUUCUGCAACCUCAAAACACUAAACACUACUAAGAAAGGCACCAUUGACUACUACUUAACACCAUCAUCGCCAGCCACUCCACAUUCUGGCAAAUGCAGUUUUAAAAGGGAAGAUUUUUCCAUGGACAAUGAAAGAAGCAAGGAUUUUCUACCAGCUGAAAGGACAAAAAGUCCCAGAAUUGGGAAGUCUCCAUCUGAUACUAUAGUUGUUGCUAAGGAAAGAGAUAUUAAUGAAUUGCCACUGUGCUCACUUCCUGAGGGUGUUGAUCAAGAAGUCUUCAAGCAGCUUCCAGUAGAUAUUCAAGAAGAAAUCCUUUCUGAAAAAUCUAGAGAAAAGGCUCCUGGAAAAGGAAGUUCAAGUUGUUCAUCACAGGCUUCUAGAGGAAUAUUAUCUUUCUUUUCUAUAAAACAAAUGCAAGGCACCCCCUCACAUUCUAAAGAUCACUUGAACAGUAAUAAAGAGAUGGCAUCUGCAUCUUUCUGUGAACCAGGAACAUCAGGUUUAAACAGCAGUAAUUACUCUUGCUUGUCUAACCAAAAGGAUUCUUCUUAUUAUUCAGACAGUAGAGUAAAAGAUGAACAAACGAAUGAAGGAACGAAUGAACCUCAAGGAUCCCAUGUUUCAAAUACAAACCCUACUGCAUCUAGUUACCAUUCAUUCCCAGGUUUGCAGAGUAGAGAGCCUCUCUCUAAAAACCACAGUACAGAGACCCAUAAGCAGGCAAUAGUAUCUCAUCAUGAAGGGUUGACAGGAAUUAGAGAACCAGAUUCUGAUAAUGAGAAAAUUAUUUUUCCUCCUAACACUGAUCCUGAAGUUUUUUAUGAACUGCCAGAAGAGGUACAAAGAGAACUAAUCACUGACUGGAAAAGAACAGGGCUUAUUUCUACAUCAUACAUAAAUAAGCACAUUCAGAAAAAAGAUCUAAAGAAACAAGGGAAAACCCAUUGUUCUUAGAUUGUCAGUAUAUUAAACUUUUAAUAUGUCACCAAUUGAUAAUAAUAUAGAAAUUCAGUGUAAAGUGGUCCAGAUGAAACAAUAUUACUUAUAUGUGGUACAAUGUAUAAUGUAUUCCUAUGAGAAGAAAUAAUGUAAAAUGCCAUCAUUCUUUUAUUUCUAAAAUUAUUUAUACUGCCCUUCAAUAAAAAAGUAUAUUUAAUAUAAAUUUGGGAGAUCUAAAUGUUGUGUUAAAGGAAUAGCCAAAUCAACUACUAUGCAGAAGCAAAGAAUAAUUUUCUUUUUGUGAAAAGGAGAAUUGCUCAAAAAAGUUGAUUCUACUAGGAAACAUCCAUAUAAGUCCUAUUGCCAAUGAGUCCAUUAAAGUUGUAUAUAUCUUUUGCUUAGGUUCCACAUGCCACUUAAUAGAUUAUGUAAAGCACUGAAGCAAUGUAUGUUCAAUAUCUCUUAGUAUACCUAGAAUUUACCAUCAUACCUGGCAUAAAGAGGACAUUUAAUGAACAGAGUAUGUACAUAUACACACGUUUAUAUACAAACAUGUUAUAUAUAUCUUACGACUGGAAGAAAUUUUCCAUAUAGGUAGAUUAAGAGGAGGAUGAAUCCCAGUUACAUUAGAUAAUGGAGCUCUAAGAAUGUCAGCUAAUAGAAGUUCCCUUCCUUCUAGAUUGUCUAUGUAGGUUAAAAGCAAUGGGUUCAAAGUGAAAUAAGUCAGAAACAGAAGGAUGAAUAUGGGAUGAUCUCACUCUCAGGCAGAUCAGAAGAGAUAAUACAAGUAGAACCUGAACUGGAAUUGGCGUAUUGCACCAAAGUAAAAGACUCUGCAGUGGGUGGAUGGGGGUGGGGGGGGGGAGAAUACAGGUCCAACAAGGAUGACAGAGGACCUAGUGGGGGUUGUAUUGUUAUAUGGAAAACUGGGAAAUGUUAUGCAUGUACAAACUGUUGUACUUACUGUCAAAUGUAAAACAAUUCCCCAAUAAAGAAAUUUA